GCUUUUGUUCCAGGCAUCUGACUUCUGACGGCAAAGUGGACUUGGAGGUGGCGGCCGCGUCUUUUCGGGGCUCCCGGGGUGGAACUUUUCCUGGGACUCCCAGACGCAGGGGCCCAGGAGGCAUCCCUGCCUGGCACCGUCUCUGGGGAGGGUCCGUGCAGGCCUGGGCCUUCCAAGCCUGGCCCUGGUCCGGCUCAACGCGCGGGCGCCGGAGGCCAUGCGGCUGCGCGCGCUGACCCCGGGGCCGCCUGGAGGGUGCGCGCGGGGAGCGCGGGCUCGCCGGCACCGGCGCCAGCCGGAAGAACUCACGACGAGUCUGCACAGUUUUAAGAACAAGACCUUUAAAAAAGCCAGAGUCUGCGGGGUUUGCAAACAGAUUAUCGACGGUCGAGGGCUGUCAUGCCGAGCCUGCAAGUACGCCUGCCACCAGCCAUGUGAAGCUGCGGUCGUGAGUCCCCGCUGUGCGAAAGCCCACCUGGAGCAGGCUCCGGAGGUGUCCUCACCACCCGCUUCUCCGUGCCGUGACAGACCGUCCAGGCCCCCCGCGCCGCGCCCCGCCAUGGAGGACGGCCGCGAGCUGGACCUCACCUACAUCACCGAGCGCAUCAUCGCCGUGUCCUUCCCCGCCGGCUGCGCCGAGGAGUCGUACCUGCACAGCCUGCAGGAGGUGACGCGCAUGCUGCGGUCCAAGCACGGUGACAACUACUUGGUAUUAAACCUUUCAGAAAAGAGGUAUGACCUUACGAAGCUUAACCCAAAGACCCUGGACGUGGGCUGGCCCGAGCUGCACGCGCCGCCCCUGGAUAAGGUGUGUACCAUUUGCAAGGCGCAGGAGGCCUGGCUGAACAGCGACCCCCAGCACGUGGUCGUCAUUCACUGCAGGGGCGGAAAGGGACGCAUCGGCGUGGUCGUAUCAUCUUAUAUGCACUUCACCAACGUCUCGGCCAGUGCCGACCAGGCCCUCGACAGAUUUGCAAUGAAGAAGUUUUAUGAUGAUAAACUUUCAGCUUUAAUGCAGCCUUCCCAGAAACGGUACGUGCAGUUUCUCAGCGGGCUCCUGUCCGGGACCGUGAAGAUGAACGCCUCGCCCCUGUUCCUGCAUUUCGUCAUCCUGCACGGAACCCCCAACUUUGAUUCGGGCGGAGCGUGCCGGCCCUUUGUGAAGCUCUACCAAGCCAUGCAGCCCGUGUACACGUCGGGGAUCUACAACAUUGGCCCAGAACACCAGAGCAGGAUCCACAUUGCCGUAGAGCCGGCCCAGCUCCUGAAAGGGGACAUCAUGGUGAAGUGCUACCAUAAGAAGUACCGCUCGGCCACCCGCGACGUCAUUUUCCGCCUGCAGUUUCACACCGGGGCUGUGCAGGGCUACAGGCUUCUGUUUGGGAAGGAGGACCUGGACAACGCCAGCAAAGAUGACCGUUUUCCUGACAAUGGGAAGAUUGAGUUAAUCUUCUCAGCCACUCCUGAGAAGAUUCAAGGGUGUGAACAUCUGCAAAACGACCACGGGGUGAUCGUGGACUUCAACACGGCAGACCCACUGAUCCGCUGGGACUCGUACGAGAACCUGAGCGCAGACGGGGGAGUGCUGCACACGCAGGGCCCCGUCGACGGCAGUCUUUACGCCAAGGUGAGGAAGAAGAGCACCUCGGAUCCCAGUGCCCCGGCUGGGUCCCCGGCCGUCCCGGCCGCGGGCAGCCCAGACCACAGCGACCACACCCUGUCUGUCAGCAGUGACUCGGGCCACUCCACAGCCUCCGUGAGGACCGACAGGACUGAGGAGCACCUGGUUCCAGGACCCAAGAGGGGCCUGAGCCCCCAGGAGAAGGCCGAGCUGGAUCAGCUGCUCAGUGGCUUUGGCCUCGAAGAUUCUGGAAGCCCCGUCAAGGAUAUGACUGAUGCUCGCAGCAAGUACAGUGGGACACGCCAUGUGGUACCAGCCCAGGUCCACGUGAACGGAGACGCCACCCCCAAGGACCGGGAGACGGACAUCCUGGACGACGAGACGCCCGGCCACGACCUGCACAGUGUCGACAGCAUCGGGACCCUGUCCUCCUCGGAGGGCCACCCGCCAGCCCACCUGGGCCCCUUCACCUGCCACCAGAGCAGCCAGAACUCCCUCCUGUCUGACGGAUUUGGCAGCACCGCGGGCGAGGAUCAGCACGGGACCCUCGCCCCAGACUUGGGCCUCGGUGUGGACCCCUCUUACGAGCGGGAGCGGGCGUUUGGAAGCUGUGAGCCCAAGCAGCCGCAGCCCGUGCUCAGGAAGCCCUCUGUGCCCGCCCCGACACCGGCCUACGGGCAGGGCAGCUACCCCACGCAGACCUGGGUGCGCCAGCAGCAGAUGGUGGCCGCUCACCAGUACAGCUUCGCCCCCGACGGGGAGGCCAGGCUCGGCGCCCGCGGCCCAGCAGACAGUUCCAGCCUGGCGCAGAUCCAGCCCAGGGUCCCCAUCACCCCCACCCGGGGCGCCAGCAGCAGAGUGGCUGUCCAGCGGGGCAUAGGCCCCGGGCCACACCCACCUGACACACAGCGACCCCCUCCCGGCAAAGCAGCCUUCAAACCCAGGAUUUCAGACGUCAAAGUCAUGAAUGGUACCGGCCUGGAGCUGAGCGCGGACCCCUCCCCAGGCUCCCCCACCCUGGACAUCGAUCAGUCCAUUGAGCAGCUCAACAGGCUGAUCUUGGAGCUGGACCCCACCUUUGAGCCCAUCCCCACCCACAUGACCAUGCCGGGCAGCCAGGCCAACAGCCCCGCGCCCCCGGACGGCGUGGGAGGCGGGCUGCGGGCCAGCGGGCGCCUGCAGGACGCAGGAGAUGGCCCCGGCCGGGCCCCCACGCGGCAAGGUGACGAGCCGCUGGGCGGAAGAUUCCGGAAGCUGAGCCUUGGGCAGUAUGACAACGAUGCUGGGGGGCAGCCGGCCUUCUCCAAGUGCAGCUGGGGAAAACCCACCGGCGGGGAGCAGCCUCCAAGCCUGGCGCCUUUUCUCUCUCCAGCCAACGCCAAGGAGACGGUGAUCACCGCGUAUCCCCCAGACCUGGAUGCGGUCGACGGCAGGAUCUUCUCUCCCACCAGCAGUGGCAGUGAGUCCGUCUCUCCCACACCCGCGUUCCCUGUGUCUCCCGAAACACCGUAUGUGACUACAAGCCCGCGUUAUCCUCCGUUCAGCCCAUCCGGGCCCCAGAUGGGCAGCGCCAGCAGUCUGUACAAAGGAGCUCACGAACCACGAGGCUGCCCUGAGGUUCUCGGCCACUCUGCGGGAAUGUCAGAGAGCCCUGCUGGACCCAAACCCGCGAUGCUCCGGGCCGACAUGCCCGCGGCGCCCUCCUUCCAGCGGGCGUUCACGUCCUCCUGCACGAUUUCUGGCAACAGCUCCGGCCAGCGGAGGGAGAGCCCUUCCUCGGCCGAGCACCCGUGGGUGGAGAGCAGCCCCAAGUCCACGCUGGCCCUGCUGGGGGGCAGCCGGCCUGCAGGGAGCCUCCUCGGCGCCAGUGAGUUCUCCGGGCCUGGCAAGGACGGCCCCGGGCGGCCCCCCUUCCCGCCUGCCGAGCUCCAGACGUCCUUCCACGGCCACGAGCUAUCCCUGGUGGAGCCGCCCGAAGCCCUGGGCCCCCCGAGCAACCAGGCCUUCCUGAGCUUCAGCACGGCCCCCUCGGGAGGUGGCCUCGCCCCCAGGGAGGAUUCUGGGGCCUUGCUGGCCAAUUCCCACGGGGCGUCCCCCGCCCCCGGCCCCCCGCGGACAGCAGCUGAGGCCACCGACAAUGGCUUCCUGUCCCACAACUUUCUCACGGUGGCGCCUGGACACAGCGGCCACCACAGCCCGGUCCUGCAGGGCCCGGGGAUGACCCUGCCCGGGCAGCCGCCCCUUCCCGAGAAGAAGCGGGCCUCGGAGGGAGACCGUUCCUUCGGCUCCGUCUCCCCGUCCUCCAGCGGCUUCUCCAGCCCUCACAGCGGGAGCACCAUGAGCAUCCCUUUCCCCAACGUCCUCCCGGACUUUUCCAAGGCUGCAGAGGCAGCAGCACCAUCCCCAGAUCAUUCAGGUGACAAGCACGUGUCCGUGAACUUCGUCCAAGACACAUCCAAGUUCUGGUACAAGGCGGAUAUCUCCAGAGAGCAAGCCAUCGCCAUGCUGAAGGACAAGGAGCCUGGGUCCUUCAUCGUCAGGGACAGCCACUCCUUCCGAGGCGCCUACGGCCUGGCCAUGAAAGUGGCCACACCCCCGCCUUCCGUUUUGCAGCUGAACAAGAAAGCUGGAGAUUUGGCCAAUGAACUGGUUCGGCACUUUCUGAUCGAGUGCACCCCAAAGGGAGUGCGGUUGAAAGGCUGCUCCAAUGAACCGUAUUUCGGGAGCCUGACGGCUUUGGUGUGUCAGCAUUCCAUCACGCCCUUGGCUUUGCCCUGCAAACUGCUCAUUCCGGACAGAGAUCCGUUGGAGGAAAUAGCCGAAAGUUCUCCGCAAACAGCGGCCAACUCCGCGGCAGAGCUGCUGAAGCAGGGGGCAGCCUGCAACGUGUGGUACCUCAACUCGGUGGAGAUGGAGUCUCUCACGGGCCCCCAGGCCGUGCAGAAGGCACUGAGCAUCACGCUGGUCCAGGAGCCGCCCCCCCUGUGCACGGUCGUGCACUUCAAGGUGUCAGCCCAGGGCAUCACCCUGACGGACAACCAGAGGAAGCUCUUCUUCCGGAGACACUACCCCGUGAGCAGUGUCAUCUUCUGUGCCUUGGAUCCACAAGAUAGGAAAUGGAUCACAGACGGCCCUUGCUCAAGAGUCUUUGGAUUUGUGGCCCGGAAGCAGGGCAGCGCCACAGACAACGUGUGCCACCUGUUUGCGGAGCAUGACCCAGAGCAGCCCGCCAGCGCCAUCGUCAACUUCGUGUCAAAGGUCAUGAUCGGAUCCCCAAAGAAGAUCUGAGCCCUCCCAGCCCCGAAACGCCUCCAGCUUCACAAAACAACCCUGCCACCUGGUGGCCUUUUCCUGAGAGACACCGCUAGCUGGUGCAUCUCUGGGUGGAGGAAGAAGGGCACCCACCCAGGGUGCCCACCCAGACCCCGAGCUGGAAAGGACCAUUCAUAAGACCUGGGGACCCGCGUUCCUUGCACUCUGGCCUUUGUGGGGAGGAAGGGAGCCCCGCCUACUCCACAUGGCCCCGAGUGACCGGCUCUGCCUUGCUAUUGCCAUCUCGGGGGCUCCUGUCCAGCGGGCACCCAGGGGCCUCUGUCCCCCCCACGGCGGAGAAGCUGUUAACCUGAGAAGGCAAUGCAUGUGUGGUGAAGGUUCGAGCAGGUCAGGCCCUCCCUGCAGCACCGAGGGCGUGGAUGGGCGAGGGGACAGCGUGCUGGGCAGCGAGGCGAGAGAGGUCACUUGGCCACCGUGGGAGCCACGGAGGCCAGAGCCCCACCCUGGCCUGGCGACAGCUCCCCGCCUCCCCUCACGUACCAGCUCGCUGGGCUGUGAGAGGGAAAGUGAGAAGAUGGAGGUAAAACGCCGUUUCCAUGGAAUUUAUAUUUUAUUUAGGCCAAAUUAUUUAUGCUAACACCAGUUCGCCAUUGCCAUGCUGUCCCGGAGCCCGCAUGCUGCCGCCUGCCGAGCCGGGUUCUGGAAGGACCGUCUCUGUCGGAUGCAGGAGGAGGUUCUGUGGGUCGUGCUGGCUUUGCCUCCAGCAGCAGCCUGCCCAGGGUCUCGAACACCAACGCGUCCUUUCCAGGCUGCGGAUCCACCUGCUUAACUUUAGGCCCAGCCCUCCUCAGCAUCCUCAGGGCUGGCGAGAGGUUGCCCAGAGAACUGCUGCCCUGUCUGCCUCAGCCCCGCCUUUGGUUCCUGUUGGCAUCCGGUGUGUCCCGGCCCCUGAGCAGGGGAGGAAGACGAGGAGCCGUUUUUGAGAGCAGCUCUUCUGCACCCCCGUAGCCCUGUUUAUGCGCGGUGAUGCGUCGCAGCGCGGUGGUCAGAGGUUGGGAGAAGCUCUGGUCCUGCACGUCCCCCGGAGUGAGAGGCAGGACUGGGCGGCAUCUUCAUAAAGCGCCGUCUCCUCCCCGGUCACCCCGGACACUCGUGCCACGGCCACCUCCCCCCCAGCCACCCAUUCUCCUCCGCUUCCCAAAGCAAGUACCAGCUCUGUGGAAUCACUGUCACGGUCACUGCUGGGGGAAGUGGGCUUUGUGGAUUCUCUACCUUAAAGUAGGGCAGAGACAGACGCAGUGACAGCAGAGGGGGGUCAUCCGAAUCGCAGUGGGCAUUGUCCGUGAGUGCGAGUGAGUGUGUGUGUGUGUGUGAAAGCCGGUGGAUGGGUCCACCGUUUAGCCCGUAUUGAUGCACCAAAUGCAAGUGCCUCAUUUCUGUGCCAAAUGUUUGCCUUGGUCUUUGUGGACCUUUCCUGACAUGUGGCAGUGCGGCUGUUUAGGAGAAUGUGCCAGUAUCUUCCAGAAGCCUGCUGCCUUGGUCCCCCGUGCUGGGGGCAUCUAACAUUUCCGUUUUUCAUUCAUGGCAGGAAUGCGGCCAGGGGAGCAGAGGUUUGUGCUGUCCCCAAGGGGCGCCUGCUCCUGAGAUGCGGGUACCCAACUUUGACCCAAAGACCACAGGCCAGGUCCCUUAUCCUUCCGAUGAAGGAAGAAAAGGCUUGUGUAGAAAUAGGAGCCAGAGAGGAUGCGGGAUGGAGAGGCAUAAGCUGCCCAAAUCACAGAGGGUGUCAGGGCCGCCCCCAGCCGUCCUCCAGAGCAUUUAAGCUGAGACAUUGGCUGUUUAAACUGACUGGCAGCUGAGACUUUCACUCUUAGUGGUCAAGGGCAUCAGGAAGGUGCCUUCCAGCAAAUAGCUCCCACUGAGGAGCCAAUUCCCUAGUUUCUGAGGAGCUGGUACAACAAGGUGUUACAUGUGCAUUGAAUGGAACAAGGUGAGUCCAUGAACUUCAUGCUCAGACCUUGGCCAAGCCCCACCCCUAAUAUUGGCUCUGGGGCACUCGGGGGAGGGGCAUCCUCAGGCAUCUGGGCACAGGGGUACUCUCCCGGGGCGUGCGCGAGGACUGCGCCCUUCCAGUGUCAUAGCCAGGGACCUGUUAACCUGCUCAUUAACCCACGCUGUGUUCCUGCAUUGUUAACCUGUAACCGUGUUAUGUCACCACAUUUAAGGGCCCCCGUGUGUGUCUUCAGCAGCAGAGACCUCAUCACGUCUCCUUAUCUGCCUUACCCAGUAGUGGAUAUUUUUACUUUUCUUAUAUUGUAAAGAAUAUAUCCAGUAUGUAAAUGAAUGUUCUAUAAAUCCUUUGUAUAGUCAUGUGCUCUGUUCUUUAAAUAUCAUCUCUAUUCAGAGUAUAAUAAAGUUAUAAGCUUGGUAAGCCUCA